GGAGGGGGAGGAGAACUGACGUCAGCGGGAGAGUAUUAUGGUCUGUUGUGCGCUGGCUGCUGCUUUUCUGCUCCUGGAAGCGGCCAAGGGGGGAAGCGGCGAGUCAACAUGGAGCUUUCGGCGGUGGGGGAGCGGGUGUUCGCGGCCGAAGCCCUCCUGAAGCGGCGCAUACGGAAAGGACGCAUGGAAUACCUCGUGAAAUGGAAGGGCUGGUCGCAGAAGUACAGCACAUGGGAACCCGAGGAAAACAUCCUGGAUGCCCGCCUGCUCGCAGCCUUUGAGGAAAGGGAACGAGAGAUGGAGCUCUAUGGCCCCAAAAAGCGGGGACCCAAACCCAAAACCUUCCUCCUCAAGGCCCAGGCAAAGGCAAAGGCCAAAACUUACGAGUUUCGAAGUGAUUCGGCGCGGGGCAUCCGGAUCCCCUAUCCUGGCCGCUCACCCCAGGACCUGGCCUCUACUUCCCGGGCCCGGGAGGGUCUUCGGAACAUGGGUUUGUCCCCACCAGGAAGCAGCGGGAGCACCGGCGGCACCUGCCGAGUGGAGCCCCCUCGGGACCGGGACCGGGACCGCGAGCGGGACCGGGACCGGGAGCGCGAGAGGGAGAGAGAACGCGAGAGGGACCGGGAGCGGGAGCGGGGCUCCAACCGCACAGAGGACAAGACCAGCUCCCCCGGCGACAGCUCCAAGAAGCGAGGCCCCAAGCCCCGGAAGGAGCUCCUGGACUCCUCGCAGAGGCCCUUGGGAGAACCCGGCGAUGGCCUCGGAGAUUACCUCAAGGGCAGGAAGCUGGACGACACCCCUUCCGGGACAGGAAAGUUCCCCGCUGGCCACAGCGUGAUCCAGCUGGCCCGAAGGCAGGAUUCGGACCUUGCCCAGUGCGGAGUGGCCAGCCCUAGCCCUGCUGAGGCCACGGGCAAGCUGGCCGUGGACACCUUUCCAGCCAGGGUCAUAAAGCACAGGGCCACCUUCUUGGAGGCCAAAGGGCAGGGUACCCUGGACCCUGGUGGCCCCCGGGUCCGGCAUGGCUCUGGCACCCCCGGCCCUGUGGGGAGCUUGUAUCGGGACAUGGGGGCCCAGGGCGGAAGGCCCUCCCUCAUCGCCAGGAUCCCAGUGGCCAGAAUCCUGGGGGACCCGGAGGAGGAAUCCUGGAGUCCCUCUCUGACCAACCUGGAGAAGGUGGUGGUCACUGAUGUGACCUCAAACUUUUUAACCGUCACCAUUAAGGAAAGUAACACGGACCAAGGCUUUUUUAAAGAGAAAAGAUAAUUGCUGGGUGGGGAAUCCCAGGACGAAAGAGCAGGAGAGAGAGAGCGCAAACUUGGCAUAAUGCUUUUGAUUUCUGGGUGGGGGGCGACCUUCUGGCUGUCCCUCCUUCACACGCCCCGGCCCCUUCAUCCCUCCCUCCACCCCCUCAGUUUUGGUUGGAAAGAUUAUCUCUAGAGUUAUAUUUUCUAUUAGAUGUAAAUAUGUUAUUUAAGAAAAAAUAUCUAAAUAUAUAUAUUUCAACUCUUGAA